CGCUCUUGUCUUUUUGUUCGUUGCUUUGAAACUUAUUUCAGUGUGUGUUCGCAGCAUGUUCUUCAUCCCCUUUUUUUGGGUUUUAUUGAAAGAUUAUAUUUUCUUUCAAUUUUCAUCAUCCCUGGCCUGGCCGAAUGAAAUUAACUUCACUAUCUUAAACGCUUUGCUACCUUUUGUUUCACCUGUCCUUAAUUUGCCUAGCUAAUAAUCUAUGCAUGCAUGGUUUCUAUGUCUCCUGUGCAUGACAUGCCUCUGCUGCUACCUAGCUCGUCUGUGAGAGAAGACGAUGCAUGAGAGGUGUCCUCUAGAAUUAAGCUCCGAUCGAUCUGGCGGUGCCUGCAUGCACGGUGCUAGCUACUUAGCAUCGAGCUGGAAAUUAAUAUGUAGGCGUACUGAUGGAUGAUAUCGAUCGUAUAGGAUCCAUGCAUACAGUAGUUCAUCAGGAAAUUGAUCUUUCAAUUAAUCUCGUAAAAAAAUAGGAUGAAGAAGGAGAAGCAGCAUAGAUGGACACAUUAAAGCACAAAUCAUCACAAACACAGCAUGGAUGUUCCUUGCCGUGCUAGCACAAGAUGCAGAUCUAGAACGUCUUUGGUCAACGGUAGGUGCAUGCGGUCGUGCAGAGGCUACAAACGUGUCGGAGGCUUUCAAAGCUGAAAGGAACAGCACACCUAGAAGGCCCAUUAACAUCUCAAACAAGAAAAAAAAAAGAUGAAGGCCCACAUAACAUCUGAGGCCCAUGACAUCCUCCAACUAUAGGGAAGCCCAUCCAAGCCCACGAACAUGCCGUGCGGUACAAGUUGUUCCUGGCCGCGGCACCCCUGCUAGGCUAGGCCGAGGCGGCCCUCACUCUACAAGAAGGCCAGCCACACAGAAAGGCAACACUCGAGAACACGAACCAGUCACCAGUGUGUGUGCCAACUGGCAACGGAGAAGAACCCAAGCCCUAUACCUUGCCUGAGGCGAACCCAUCCUGAUCUAACGCCGCCGCCGCCGAGAUCUAGCUCUCGUUUCGACUUUGGAGCGAUGGAGACGACGCCGACGACAGUUGUGAUCCGCGACGAGCCCGCCGCCGCAGUUGGGGCCCCAGCAGAGGGAGACCUCGUCGCGGCCCUGCGGGAGCUGUUCGAGCUCAAGGACCGCCGGAUCCAGGCUUCGGUCUUCUUCUUCGCCUGCGGUGGCUCCGUGGUGCUCCAUGGCACCGUGAUCAACCGAGGGGAGGAUAAUCCGGAGCAUGUCAUGGCUGGUCUUGCCCUGUUUACGAUUGGUGCGGCGCUCGGGUUCCUCACGCUCAGCGGCUCUGAUCGCCUCGGCCGCGCUGCGAGUCGCGUCGAGCAAGUGCUCAGGGGAUUCUUCCAGUAGCUGCCUCUGGGCCUGGCUAGAUCCGUCCGCAGGGAGCAAAUCGAUCGACGAUGUUUGUGUAUUCCCGUCGAUCGAUCUGUUGAGUGUUAGUAUCUGUAUGUGUAGUUUGAGAACUUGUGCUUUCUAUGUAUGUGUACGAGACAUGAUCCAGCAUGCAUGCAUAUGAUAUGUGUCAGUUUCCGAGAGUGGCCAAAUUACUGUGAUUAGUUGAGUUCUCCUAUAAGGUUGUAAUUUCCAAUAUCCCUAUGAAUAAUAUAUAUAAUGCCUACAAAUUGUCCCUUCAUUUGACCUUGAUGAU